AUGACACUAGACACCAACGAUGAAGUCUUUGCGCAAGACGCUGCGUUCUGGCACAAUUACAGUAAAGGUCGUCCACAACCCCCACCUAGUCUUUUCCAACGCAUCUACGACUACCAUAGGCAGAAAGGCGGGCACUUUGGAGUGGUUCAUGACGUGGGUGCUGGAAAUGGAGUCUAUUCGCGCCUGUUGCGAUCUCAGUUUCAACAUGUCAUCGUGUCGGAUGUGGUCCCCGAGAACGUACAACAGGCCGAAGCGAGACUUGGCACGGACGGGUACACCUACCGCGAGGGAAAGAUGGAGGAGAUCAGAGAUAUCGCAGACGGGUCUGUGGAUCUGGUCCUAGCCCUGAACGCCAUCCACUGGACCGACCAGAAGGCAGCUGUGGAAACCAUCGCGGACCAGCUGAAGCCCGGUGGUACGUUCGCCGCUGCAACGUUUGGGGCUGCGCGGUUCCGCGACGCUCGGGUCCAGGAUGUAUGGGAGCGUAUCAUGAUAGAGGGUGGUCGACUUCUGCUGAAGACAGCCGAGAAACCUAGAGAUAUGAUCAAUGUCAUGGCCCGCAGCCAGGAUCGCUACAAUGUGGCACCCCUAGAUGAGCAGUAUUUCCAGCCCGGAGUACAGCGCAUCUUCCUGAACAUGGAGGCCGGGGGGUUGACCGGCAUUCUGCCACCCGAAAAUCGGGUAGAUGUGACGGAUCCAGACUUCACCGGGCCAAAUGAUGUUUUGGCGGAUGAACGAGACGAGGGGUGGUGGUUUGAGUUGAAUCUGGAUACCUUUCAGGAGCAUUUUCGGUCAUUUCCUCAUGCUGCUCGGGAUCCCGAGGUUUUUGCACCUCUUUGGAAGGAGGUGGAGGAUUUGGUGCGGCAAGGAAGUCGGCUUGAUGGAUACUGGCCUGUUGCGGUGAUUUUGGCGACGCGAAACAAUGAUUAG